ACAACCUCAAAUUUUUCAGUGACCACUAUUCAUAGUUGCGAGCGUUCGUUCUGUGAAUACGCGCAUGUACCAUUUUAUUUUGUCUCAUCUCUGCAAUAUGACAGAAUUAAAAAACUAAUUUGUAUUGUAUCACUCAUUGAUUAUGACAAUUAUGGUGGAUUACUGGGAAUCGUACACUCAUAAAGUGAUUAUUAAUGGCUCAGAUCUGUGAUAUGGCUCAGGCUUCUGCUUGGUUACCUCUCGUUAGAGCCUCAGCGAUUGGAUGGGUACCGAUCGCUCAACAUCGUCUUCCAAAAAAUGUGUGCACAAAGGAUGAUUCAAAUCAGGAUAUUUAUGAAAAGAAAGCAAUUAUUAAUGUCAGUGGUCAGAGAUUUGAAGUACUUACAAGCAGUUUGAAUCAGUAUCCACAUACGUUGCUUGGAUCAGAUGAGCGUGAUUACUUUUAUGAUGAGAACAGUGGUGAAUAUUACUUUGAUAGAGACCCUGAAAUAUUUCGACAUAUACUGACCUAUUAUCGUUGCGGGCAUCUCCAUUAUCCUAAGAAAGAAUGUGUCAUGCAGUACGAAGAUGAACUGGCUUACUUUCGGAUAGCAUCAGAGGCCCUAGGUGAUUGUUGCUAUGAAGAUUACCAUGACAGUAAACGUGAAAAUUCAGAGCGUCUUCUGGAGGAAAGAUCGUCAACCAAAGAGAAUGCUGAAGUGCCAAAGGAUUUUCGUAACAGACUUUGGCAGGCCUUUGAAAACCCAGAGUUUUCUACCACUGCAAUAGUCAUUUACUACGUGACCGGCUUUUUUAUCGCUGUUUCUGUUUUUGCCAAUAUCACGGAGACUAUACCUUGUGGACCGGAACCUGGACUAAGUAAACAACGGGCUUGUGGCGAUCGGUACAUAGAUGCCUUUUCAUGCCUCGACACAGCAUGUGUAAUCAUAUUCACUGUAGAAUACUGCGCAAGAAUGUAUGCUGCGCCCAACAGAUGGAAGUUUUUUAUAUCUGUGAUGAGUAUAAUAGAUGUUGUUGCAAUAUUACCUUUUUAUAUUGGCUUAUUGAUGCCAGACAACAAAAGCGUUUCUGGUGUAUUUACAACGUUACGAGUAUUUAGAGUAUUUAGAGUGUUCAAAUUUUCUCGUCACAGUGUUGGUCUAAGAAUACUCGGUUACACUUUGAAAUCAUGUGCAUCUGAACUGGGCUUUCUUCUAUUUAGUCUAACAAUGGUUAUUAUUAUUUUUGCUACUGUUAUGUAUUAUGCUGAAAAAUCGGUUGAAGGGACCACUUUUUCCAGUAUUCCGUCAUCAUUUUGGUACACUAUCGUCACUAUGACUACACUUGGUUAUGGAGAUAUGGUUCCAGAGACAAUUGUUGGAAAAAUUGUUGGUGGUAUGUGUUCACUUUCUGGGGUGCUUGUAAUUGCUUUACCUGUUCCCGUUAUUGUAUCAAACUUCUCUCGCAUCUAUAAUCAAAGUCAAAGAUCUGAUAAAAGACAAGCACAAAAACGUGCCAGACAGGCAAGAAUAAGAUUAGCUCAACUCAUGGCAACUGUUAAUGCUUGUGCAGAAAAAUCCGAAAGUCCAGAGCUAUCAUGUGAUGAAGAUUACGAUGGUGAUGAUGAAACAAAGAAAUCCACCUAUUCCGAAGUCAAAACAACCACAUCGUACGCAUCUAAUUCACCUCCAUCAAUAAUAAAUGCUAAUCAGUCAACAGGUAAAGAUCGAAGUUAUGAUACAUCAAAAAAUUCGACGGGUAGUGAUUUGACAAUCAGCCAUCAUUCAAAUUUAACCCGAAGUGGCUCAUUAACCUUAUUAAAAAAUAAAAAAAUGUAUCUUGUUAAUGAUCCAUGUGUUAAAAUAGAUCAUUUAGAAUUAGAUAAUCUGAAUCAGCAGUUUGAAAAUAAUCUUUCAACAUCUAGUCAAUUAUUCUCUGGAGUAGAGAAAGAUACCUCUUCUGGUUCAAGUCAUAUAAUUAGUAUGAAAGACAAACUAUAUGAAACAAAUAAUUUAUCAGGGAGGAAUAACCAUCAAUUAGUAAGACAAACUCAGGGUAAAGUCUUGCAUUCUUCUAGUUUCAAAUCAAGUAAUAAACGCAAGACAAUAAAUCGUACAUUUUCCCUUAAUGAUGGACGGCAAAGUCAACACAGAAAAGUUCAACGGAUAAGUGAUGAAGACAAGAAUAACAAACCAUCAUUCCUACCUAUAUAUAUUCACCCAGCUAGCCAAAGCAGUUUUUCAGAUUCAAGCAUGGAUAAACGAAAACACUCAAAUGAGCAGCAGAAACCUACAACAAAAGGGCAAAAAACUAAUAAAUGUAAAAGUUCUCACAAAGCCAAACUAACAUUUGAAGAUCUUAUACUGUUACAACAAAAGCAUCUAAUGGAUUGUUUGAAUGUGGUGACGGCGAGAGCAACAAUCAAUGAACCAAGAGAAUCAAACAGUCAUUUAAAUGUGAAUAAUCCUUUAAUUAGUGUACUGGAACAUGGAAACUUUAAGCAUCAUAGACGUCUAACAAGUGAAUCCAUUUCGAAAAUCUCUCGCUUUUUGAGGGUAAGACAGUCUAUAUCAAAAGAUUUGUAUGAAAAUAGAAGGUCAAUAAGUAAUAUUAAUGACUGCGAUAAUACCGAAAAUAAUAAUACUGAGGUUGGAAGCAGUGACCAUAUAUCAAAUGUUGAUAAACUAACUGAACGUCAAUCCGCCGUUCAUCGUAGUGAGUCUAAUCCUUUUCGUCAUUUGCAAGUCUUCCGUCUACAUGGUUCACGGGGUCAGCCUUCAUCAGAUCGUCGAUGUUCAGCAGUCCAUUUAACGACAUUUUCUAAACGAAAAUUAAAUCUUCAUAAAUUCAAACACAACCACGGUUAUCGUAAUUUUUAUAAAAAAAUAAAUUGUACCACAAACUAUGAGACUGAUGAUAACCAUAAUAAUCAAAAAUUAAUGGAUAUAAAAGUCGCAAAUUCUUCACAAAUACCAGACAAAGUUGAUAUAAUUGACAUAGAUGAAAAUUCUCGUAAUAAUAAUUCUACCGUAGAUAACUCAAUCUAUCCUUCGUAUAGUGAAACAAAACCAUUACUAGAUAAUUCAAGGUUAACUUAUAGUGAUGAACUUGGUUUGAAUGAGCUGGUAAAGGAAAAAUCAUUUCUCACAAGGGAUCCAGGUUUUGCAUCAAGCCCCACUUGGCCAUCGUUUAGAUUUCCAUCAAAUUCGUUUCAAUUCAAAUCUAACUUCACUUUUACUGAUAAGUCAUCUAAUAAUUAUGGGAAGUCACUUAAUCCGUCUGACAUUGAUAGUUGUGAUUUAUGUUGGUCUAAUGAACAUAAUCUAGUUAAUAUAGCUGCCAUACCUAAAUCGUCCUUUAGUGUUGCGGAUUAUCCAAACUCUGUGAUAUUUUGUACAAGUUCCAAUACAAAAGCAAAUGUUUCAUCUCAGUCAUCAUGUGUACAAUCCAACCCAAUAUAUUCGUCGUUAGAAGAUGAAAAUCUAACCGAGUUUGCUAGUGCACAGUCACAUAUUUCAAUCACAUCUACAUCACAUCAAAACAGUUCAUCAAAUAAUACCACCAAUAGUUUUAAUAAUAAAAUGAUUAUCCACUCUCAACACUGUCCAAAAUUAUCGUUUCCUACUGAUAAGGAUUUGUAUAAAAGUCAUAUUAAUUAUGCGAAGUUAAGUCCCAGACUUUCAUAUUCAUUUCCCCAUGAAUUAUAUCGUAAUGUUUCUCCAGAUUUGAUUAAAGAAUGUGAUAAUCCACUUAAAAAUUCCCCCUCAAAACUCGUUAAAUCGAAUACUGAUAAUUUGGCUGAUAUACAUUCAAGUGAUGCUUCUGUUCAUUCCGAUCGUCCAGUAUCAUUAUCAUCAUUCAAACAGCAAAAGGAGUAAUUAGACAUUUGGAAAAUCAUUACAGUUGAGUAAAAUCAAAGUAAUUUAUUCCACUACUUCGGUAUUAUUAAACAGAAAAUAUCCAUCGUUCACUAACUGGAUUGGUUGUGAAAUCACAUAAUGAACAGAAGUAAAUGAAAUAAAUCGUUUUACAGGAGUUUCGCAUUCCCAAUUAGAAGAAAUGGUGAUAAAAUCAUAUACUGGUGUAUAAAUCCCCGUGAUAUCUGCUCCAAAUUACUGUGGUCAAAUAAAAUCUUUCAGAUAUCUGUAAUAUAUUAAAGCGAGAAGUUCACUUUUAUGUACUCACCUGUACGAAAACUGGCUGUAAUUUUAAAAAAACCUUGUACCAAACUUAUUUACUCUUUUUAUUCUCCCACUACCUCAAUAAUGUUCUCAACGACUCAUAUAGUCAUAUACGUAGUUGCUUUCGUCUACAUCAGUCUUUCUAUUCAUGUUUUUAGAAAAUAAUAAUAUUUCACAAUAAUUCAUUCAGAUGGAAAUGGUCUGUAAUACAACCCAUUCAUUCCAAUACUUAUUAUGUCUGAUCAAGAUAUGAAUUUCUUUAAUACAUACAAAUUUAUUUGUGCUGUGACGGACGGCGUCCAAAAUUUGAUACUGAUACACUGUAUGCUACUCGCUAACCCCAAUUGAUUACUUGAGUGAAAAAGCAAGAGUGAUCGAGAAAGGGUACUGGAUUACCGAAUGUAAUGCACAAAUACUCAUAUAUAUAUACCACUUUAUCCUUAGGAAAUUGACAUACUAAUCUCAAUGGAAUGCACUUGACCUUCAGGUCACUUCUGAUUGCAAUCGAUUAACCGUUUGUUACUUUUGAUUGACUCUUCAUAUCAAUUUAUGUACAGACAUAAUGUAAUUUUGAAUUUCAUUGUAAAAUAUUUAUGAUUUGAAUGAUUAGGUGUUCUGCUGAAAUUUUCUCUUUUUAUUUAAUCAGUUUUUUUCUCUUAUCCAUAAAAUCUGUACUUUAAAAAAACAUGGUAGCUCUGUCAGUUGUAUCAUUCUUUUCAUUUUAGUUUACUGUUAAACAUUUGUUCUUCUUUUUUUUUCUAGCUUACAACUUUAAUUUUGUUACAACAAUGUAAAAUGUAACAGAUACGACGAAAUUAUUUCAUAAUAAAUAUAAUUCAAGAUAUCUGAUGAUAAAGUUUAGAUUAAUUAUCAAUUAUUAAAAAGCAUUGUAAAUGAAUGUGAAUAAUAAAUAACAAUUGAGAAGAUAGUCAGAUUAUUAUAUAUUGUAUUAUUUUUUUGAAAUAUGAUCUAUUAUGUAACAUAAAAAAAAGACCAAAUUCAUUUCAAUAGUGAGAGUUACACCUGAUGAAGUAUAUCAAGGUUCCAUUGUAAUUAUAUUGACCAAUGGACAAACAUCAUGUACAUAAAUUUUCCUAUUUGUGCUCUUCAUAUAUUCUUUCAUUCCUCUUUAUUCAUUUUUAUAUCCAUAAGUUUAUACUUGAUUAAUAUCGGAUAAAUUAUUGUCUUCAUCUUUAAUUCAUUAGUAAAGUACGUAAAGAUGUGUCACUUGAUAUUUUCACUAUAAUAACCGAUAUUUUACAAUCAAAAUUGUCCAUUACCAUUUUGGAAUCAAGGUAUUAAUUCAUAUAAUUAUAAAAAUAGAACUAAUAUUUGUUAUAUACUGUAUAUCGAAUCAGAUCAAUCUAUAAAAUAUACACUUAGAUAUUUUUUACAAUAAUCUAUAUAUAAAUGAAUAAAAGUUCAACAAUUUCGACUCUCUUUCUUGUUUAAAUUAAUAUAAAGAUUUUAUUUCUGAAAUACACUUAAUUCAAAAUGAUUUAUCAUAAGUUAUAUAGAAAAAAACAACCAUGAAGUUAUUAUCAGUCAGUUCUAAUCAAUAUUAGAUCUUGGAAAAGAUGUACGUCAGCUCACGUUACCUUUUUAUAUUAUUAUUAUUAUACAUAUAAUGUGUGCGGUAUUUCAAUGUAAAUACCUUUUUAUUUCCAUUACAUUCAUUUGUACGAAAGUUAAUUUAUACUAUAAUUAUCUAUUUAUUUCAAACGGAUCGAAUAAUCACCAACUAAAAUUACAACUUUAUUAUAAACUGAAUUGAAGUUAAGUAUGACCAAGAUUUAUAUUAUGUAUCAUUUAAGCAAUUGAAAUAAACGAUUUCAAACCAUUGAACGUCAUAGUUCAUCUGUGAAGAAUAAAGAGUAAAUUAAAGGAUAUUUUUUUUAAAUGUGAGAUUUUUACUUCAUAAAUAAUGAUUAUGAAGAAAAGAAAUGUAAAAACAUAGAGUAAGAUGAUUCAAAAUGAGUGUACUGUAAUUGAGUAUAUAAUGAAAGUGAGAAAUAUGUUUACUUUUUUGUAAACUGAAAAGAAACAGCUUGAUAUAUCAAAUGACAUGUUUGGUGAUUCAUUAGUUUGUCUAUGGUUACAUUAAAAAAAAUUCCUUUUUGUAGUCAAGUGUUCCAGUCAAAACACUAAAUAAACACUCUCUCGUUACUCUGCGUUAUAGGUAAAUAUAUAAUGGAAAGAAAUCCAAGUUUUUAGUAACAUAACCUACGUUGAUCUAAUCAAUAGAGCUAUGAAUAAAAUCUGAAAUGAAUUUUGAUUGAAUAUAAUUCAUUUUUAUUUUUCAUAAUCUUAGAAUAUUGAACUUGUUUAUUUUCCUCAAGUUCCCGGUUAACAGAUGCUGUGAUAUAUAUUUUGUCAUGGAUAAAGUUGCAUACAUUAACACUGAUG